AUGAUGAAAAUGACAAUUGGAACAGCCGCCGCCGGCGACGGUGAAUGGGAGCUCCGACCUGGUGGCAUGGUUGUUCAGAGACGAUCAGAUGAUAGCUCCAACGUUCCACGUGACAUCCAUGUUCGGGUCAAAUUCGGGUCGGUCCAUCAUGAGAUCAGUAUCAACUCUCAAUCUACUUUCGGGGAAUUAAAGAAGAGAUUGUCUGUUAAGACAGGAGUUCAUCAUCAAGACAUGAAGAUUCUAUACAAAGACAAAGAAAGAGAUUCUAAAAUGUUUCUUGAUCUUUGUGGUGUCAAAGAUGGUUCGAGACUAGUUCUCAAAGAAGAUCCAAUUUCUCAGGAGAAACGUCUCCUUGAGAUGAGGAAACUGGUCGUUAAAGAGAAAGCUAAUAAAUCAAUAUCCGACAUUAGCUUCCAAGCCGAUAGACUCGCCGGGAAACUGUCGGCGUUUGAGGUAGUGAUUGGUAAAGGAGUGAAAGUUGAAGAGGAGAGUCUGGAGAGUUUGCUGGAGAUGUUGAUGAACCAGUUGGUGAAGUUAGAUGCAAUUCUAUGCGAUGGAGACAUAAAACUAAAGAAGAAGAUUCAGGAGGAAAGAUUACAGAAGUACGUUGAGGCACUUGACGUAUUGAAGGUCAAGAACUCAUUGCAACCGCAAACGCAACUGAAACCACAAACACAACCACAACGCAAGGAAAGAGAUCUUGUGACAUUUGAGGAGGAAACGUCGAGAAAAUGCGCGGCUCCCUCGCCAGAUCCUCCGGUUAUUAUAACCACGAGAUGGGAAACGUUUGAUUCCAAUUCCACCUCUGCGGCCAAUGCUAAAACGGCUAAGCCGCUCCAUCCAAAAUUAAAUUGGGAAUUAUUUGAUUAA